UGAACACUGAGACUGAGCGGCCAGUACUGGAGAGGAGAGAACUACUGCCAGGAACGUCUGGAGCACAGAGCUGGAGCUUUUUCACUUUGACACCAGUGACAGAGAGGACAGCUGCUGUUGGAGAUGCCUGGACUGUCACUGCAGGAGCAGCAUCCCUCCAAUUUGGGAACUUUUCUCUGUCCUGAGAGCUUGAGAGUUACUGGGGAAGUUUGAUCUCAGAGGCACAAAUAUUGGCAGGAUUUCUGCCUCAGUUUGGAGUUUGGCACACUCGAAGAGGAUCAGUUGUUGGGUAACAAACUCCAGAGUAACUAACUCCAGGAUGAAGGUUAAUCUCCUCUGCUUGGAGUUACUCCUCUUGGCCGGUUACAUCCUUGUGGCCGACGGGCAGCUGGAGCCUAAGAAACAAACGCCCCAGGAUCUUCUCGCUGUCACCCAGAGACUUGGCCUUGUAGAGAGAGAUGUGCAGGGUCCGGUGAGGCCUAACAUCACUAAGCCCCGCCGUCGGCUACCUCCCAUGUGCACUGGGCCCACAGAAAUCCGAGACACCUUUAAGUACAUCAACACGGUGGUGUCCUGCCUGGUGUUUGUCGUGGGUAUUAUCGGUAACUCCACUCUGCUGAGAAUCAUCUAUAAGAAUAAGUGCAUGCGUAACGGACCCAACAUCCUGAUCGGCAGCCUGGCGCUCGGAGACCUGCUGCACAUCAUCAUCGGCAUUCCUAUUAAUGUUUACAAGCUCCUGGCAGAAGACUGGCCCUUUGGAGUGACGCUGUGCAAGCUGGUCCCGUUUGUCCAGAAGGCCUCAGUGGGGAUCACAGUGCUGAGCCUGUGUGCUUUGAGUAUUGACAGGUAUCGUGCCGUGGCCUCGUGGAGCCGCAUCAAAGGGAUCGGAGUUCCAAAGUGGAUGGCCAUUGAGAUAGCGCUCAUCUGGAUAUUAUCCAUCAUCCUGGCUGUGCCAGAGGCAAUUGCCUUCGACAUGAUCACCAUGGACUACAAAGGAGAACACUUGAGGAUCUGUUUGCUGCACCCCAUGCAGAAAGGCGACUUUAUGAAGUUCUAUAAAUCAGCGAAGGACUGGUGGCUAUUCAGUGCAUAUUUCUGCCUGCCGUUGGUCUGCACUGCUAUUUUCUACACCCUGAUGACCUGUGAGAUGCUGAGGAAGAAAAAUGGAGUCCAAAUCGCUCUCAGUGACCACCUCAAACAGCGAAGGGAGGUGGCGAAGACAGUGUUCUGUCUGGUUCUGGUCUUCGCUCUGUGCUGGCUUCCUCUGCACCUCAGCCGUAUCCUGAAGCUCACCAUCUACGACGAGAAAGAUCCGAACCGCUGCGAACUGCUCAGUUUCUUUUUGGUGUUGGACUACAUCGGCAUCAACAUGGCUUCUGUUAACUCCUGCAUCAACCCAAUCGCCCUCUACAUGGUCAGCAAGCGCUUCAAGAACUGCUUCAGGUCGUGCCUGUGCUGCUGGUGCCUGCCGGCUGAGAUGUUGAUGGAUGAGAAGCAGUCGUGCAUGAAGCUCAAAGUCACCGAACGGGCCUCCGACCAGAGCAACUCCCGCAUGACCAACAAGUCCACCACAGCCUGAGGAGGGGCGUAGAGGUGAGAGAGGAGGAGUUAUGAUGCCAAAGAAACAUAAAUAUUGAAGUAUGGAUGACUGAAUGAGGAUAAAUGCCCUUUCUUGCCUUAUCUUCAACAUAAUAUGAAGUCUUCUUCAACUUUUACCAGACGUCUUUUUGGAAAUCAGUGAGAUGAAACUCCUUCUAACCUAAAACUUUGAGCACUUGCCAUAACGGACUGCUGCACACUCUCCCUGUCACAGAAGAAAUACGCACCAGUUGUUGUUGUAAAGCUGUAUCCUUGGAUAACAAGUGUGAGGUGUGUGUGAAGCAGCCAGAGACAGAGAGAACCGAGCAGGGGCGAAGUUCAGAGAAAGUAUUAUUUCUAAAAUUGGGGGUCAAGGGUCGAUUAGCAAAGACAGCUCAUCAGGCUCGCAGCCUGGAUACUGAAUGUUACUUUGAAUGAUUUCUGCAAUAAGUUCUGAUUUGUACGGACUAUAUUAAAAGCGUGACGCUGUGUCACAGGUUGCUGCCACGCACUGCAGCAGCCUAGAUGAGUUUAAACAGUGAAUCUAAUGCUCUUGUUUGAUAUUGUUUACGUUAUUUUGUUACAUAUUUACUUUAUUAUAUAUAUGUAUGUAUCGAUUUGUUACAUUAGAGCCUUUAAAGGGACAGUUCACCCCCAAAUCAAAAGUACAUAUUUUUCCUCUUACCUGUAGAGCUGUUUAUCAGUCUAGAUCUGGUGUGAGCUGCAGAGUGUGUUGGCGAUAUCGGCCGUAGAGAUGUCUGCCUUCUCUCCAGUAUAAUGGAACUGGAUGGCACUCAGCAUGUGGUGCUCAAAGCGUUAAAAAAAAUAAAUUUAAAAAACUCAACAUCAUUGUCUCUUUCCAGAAAUCAUGCCCUGGUUACUCAAGAUAAUCCACAGACCUUGUUGUGAGCAGUUUCAUGCAGGAACUGUUUCCUUUCUUCUGAACUACAUCUGCAGACCGUAUUACUGAGUAGGAGGUGAUACGAUCUCCAACACUCAGCUCACUAUCUUGACCGAUAAAUAGAAGACAGGUGGGAGAAAAAAAAUAUGUGUUCUUGAUUUUGGGGUGAACUGUCCCUUUAAAUGUAUCGUCUCUGUGUUAUUUUCACACUACUUAAUGAACUACUGAUGUUGUGUGAUUUCAGCUGUGUGACUAUAUUGUAUUAUAUUGUUCAGUAUUGGGCCUGUUGGGCAUACAUUUUGUGACUGUGUCUGCUCCAAACUCGUUCUCACUCCCAGCUCAUCAAAUAUCACUGCUUUGUCAUUGAUUUCGGCGUCAGAUACUGAGAUAGCUUUCACAGUGGUAUGAUACAGCUAUUUCUGACAACGGAACUCAUCCAAUUUGUCAGUGGAUCUUGGCCUCAGCUACCAACACACCGAAACACUAUUUAAGACAGUGUGAUACGCAAAGGGCAGCAGCUAGUUCUGAUGCCUCUGUCAACUACCAUAGUAUGAGGUGUAAGAAAGCCCGUAUAAGAUGGGUGAAAGGGGAGGUGGAGUUCACCAAGGAGCCCACUGUUCAUUUCCUGUGCGAAACAUUAGGUCAGUAAAGUUAUUUCAAUAACAAGGUAGAGUGCUAGAAUGUUUAGCAUGCUACAUUGGUAACGUAUAACCCUGUUUCCACCAAGCAGUACGGUACAGUUCGGUACACAUUUUUUCUCUUUCCACUGUGAAAAGUUGUCCCUGUUUUUGGUCCCCUCUCCGUUGGGGGGGAACUGCCCAUUGGUUCGACAUCCCAUUGUUUCGACAUCCCAUUGUUCUGACCAUAUUAAACUCAUUGUUCUGAAGUCCAUUCCGAAAUCAUCAUGAUGCCCUGUGGUUAAGGUCUGGUUAGGUUUAGGCACAAAAACCACUUGGUUAGGGUCAGGAAAAGAUCAUGGUGUGGGUUAAAAUGAAAAAGAAAGUGACAAACACAUAAGCCGUGAGCCUGCUUCACCUCAAGCCGGUCGCGGCGCACCAUACACCCGUCGCGAGUCGUUCAGCACCGCGGACAGUCGGACUAAUGGGAUGUCGAACCAAUGACAUGGACCCCUGCUGGGGUACCUAGCACACAGAUCUGGUACUAAAAGGUGGAGCUGUGAACACUGCAGUCUGUUGAUUGGUCAAUAGCGGACAGUCACUCUGCUCAGGGCUGAGCUGUGGCUGAUUCUGAGGCUCAUGUAACCACUGUUCAUACCGUGGAGAGCUUUAUUAGACUGUAUCUUUAAAAUGAAAGGAUGUUUUGCUGCCUCUCACAGCAGCUGGAGUCUGAGAAUAUAAUAACUUUUAAGGUGGAAUGUUAACUUGUAAUGUUACUCAAUGCAUGAGCUGACAACGUGAAUCCAUCAGCACACCUUAAGUUUCACUUGGAGAGUAAAAAGCAUGGUGGAGCGUCAAUCCUGUGGCUACGGCAACACUAAACCCCUGAGCUUGUCUGAGAAGGACUAAAUGCACAAACCUACUAUUUUUAAAUAUCCCAUGGAGAGAGACUCUCACUGCAGCCUGUUCUGUUUUGUUCUGAAAAUGUUGGCGUGCAACCUUGUUUUGUGGACAAUAAAUGAGGUGCAGACUUCCAUCUGUGUCACUGCUGAAGAGUUGGGAAACACAGCAAGUGCUGGACAGAGCAGUGAGUGACAGCAACCCCGCCCACAUUUAAGAGUUCUGUUUACGGUGGAUCACUAAACACCUACCUAGGGUCUGUACCUAGGGUACCAUAUCUGAAGGGUUACUUUUUGUUUAAGGUACCAUACCAAAAGUGUUUGGUGGAAAUGGGCCUUAUGUUUCAUGAUGUAUGUAAUGUGACAUGAUGUUAGUAAGAACCAUAUUUAUUUCAGGCCAAGCCAUGAUGUUUUUUCUAAACCUAACCAGGGACUUUUGUUCCCUUAUUCACUAAACAAAGUCUUUUACCUGCAUAGUAAGUUGAGUUUGAAAAAGACUGCGUUCAUGUAACGAGCAGAAACUGUAAAUUUCCUGUGAAAAUGGAAGUGUAUUUUGAAAAGACGCAAUAUAUAUAACAUGCAUAAAUUGACACGGCGUCACUGAGCGUCCAAAACUGACGCAGGAGGCCACGUAGCUUGUCAUAUUUUGACAUUUAAAUCCACUGACAAACUGGCAGAUUUGACAAGUUGGGAUGAGAACCUGUUGUUGCUCCACAUUAUCUUAAUCUCACUCCUUACCUGAGCAGGUAUGACAAGAGGUAGGAGUUUGUUUUUGCAAUAAAUAAU